AUGACGUUGAAUUUGUACGUGUUCAUGACCUUGACUGGGUUCGGGAACUUUGACCCGGUUAAGGAUCCGACCAACUAUAACCUCGUCGACCCGCCGUUGAUGGACACGGUGGCGGUUCCGAGAGGAGGAUGGACUGCUGUCAGAUUUAGAGCCAACAAUCCAGGAAAAAAAGAGGCAACACAGUUACACAGAGCCAGAGAAAUCGAAGAAAUGGAUGACACUCAAACGGAGCAGAGGAAAUUGUUUGCAGCGCCAGUGAUUUUCAUCCUUGUAUUUGCUUUCCACAUCGUGUCUAACUAUAUCGAUUCCCAAAAAAAUAAGAAAGGAUCCGGCGAAAAUUUGGACGGUAAAUUGCGACGCGAAAUCAAGCAGCUUUUGAAGGAGGCCAGUACUUUGUCGCAGCCUUCAACGUUUGCUCAAGCUGCAAAACUAAGAAGAACAGCAGCUGCAAAGGAGAAGGAACUUGCAAGAUAUCUAGAGAUGAAAGAGAAGGAUAUGAAGUUGUCAGUUAGUGCAUAUGGAAAACACUUGAUGAUAUCAAAGGUAUUUACGUAUUUUGUGCUGAUUUUAUGGUUCUGGAAGAUACCCGUGGCCACAAUAUCUGAUCAACUCGUGCACCCAUUUGGAAGGUUGCUUUCUUGGAGAGCAGGAAGUUCUUUGAAGGACAGUGUUGUGAUUGGAAUCAUACCAUGGUUGAUAGUAUCCACCAGAGUGAGCAAGUUUGUUUGCAGGAAGGUAUUCGAGUAAGAUUUAAGGAUGUUUUGAGUCUAAUGAACAUCAACAGCAGAAGGAGACUACUUAGAUUAACCUGUCAUUAUACUUUUCCCUUUUCUUUUACCAUUAUUUAGAUUAUAAGUUUCAUAUUAUAACAAGUGAUCAAUCAGUUCAAGUUCUGCCCAGUUUUGGUGUACAGUCUUUAUUUUUUCUUGUACUUUACAAAAUAGGAUCCAAAGUGUUGAAUGUACAAAGCCAGCAAUGUUUUUGUGUAUCUGAUAUGUAAAACCAGUUGCUUGGCUUCAACAGAAACAUUACAUGAUACACUAAUGAAUUGUUAGUA